CGGUCUAGGCAAAGAUGAUGCUGCUGGUCGUUGUGUGCGGGCUAUGGGGACUGACAUCUCUGAAGCAGGGGGGUACAGCUUCUGCUACCUUCCUACCCUCCAGCAUGGAGAGACUGUUCCGGGAGUUUAGCAACAUCUUUGAGCAAAGUCGGGAAAUGCUGGGGAAAGACCAAUUUGAUACUUCAGUUGACAUCAGUAAGCUGCCCUCCAAUUACCAUCAUGAGGAGAAUCAGCGGCAGAGAGUGGGAAAUUCCACAUUGUUCAGACACCAUGAAAUCAGAAAAGUGACUGAUAACCGUACAGGUGAUAUGAUGUUUUCGGAGAAAUCUAUGACCUCUAUUGAGCAAACAGAGACCCAUCCAGAUGAGGAGAAGGACAAUAAGCCAGUGUCUAAUCAGGAAGAAAACAGUGCUGAGCAAGACAGACCAACUGCUGGGCUUAGGUUCUUCAAACUGGGUCUCCCCCAGCUUCGGCCAAGGUUGACUUUUCUUAUUUUUCGCUUGCCCCAGCAUCUUAAGAGCCAGCAAAUGCCCGAAGCCAAACUGGUAAAGGAAGAGCCAAUCAGCGAUAGGAGGCACAGAUUGCUGGCCAUUCGGAAUGGGCUUUUAACAGCCCCUCAUCCUACUAAGAAGACCCUGCUUGUGACCCCAAACCACAGGGUCACUCCACGAAAGCGUCAUUUCUUUUUCUUCUGGAGGAAGAUGUAAGGAAAACCUAACACCUGGGCCAGUGGAAAAUGUUCUAGU